AUGAAGCUUUUAUCAUCGAGUCUUGUCAUCUGCCGCCAAGUCACUGGGCGCGCUGUCAACUUCGAGCGCCUCCCCGCCUUUCGGCAAGCUUCCCGAACAUCAUCAACACACUGUACCUCGAGACGAAUGGCAUCCACCACCGCUCCGCCUGACAGUGGCACUAAAGACUGGAAUGCAGCGCAGUACCUGAAAUUCGAGGAAGAGCGUACGCGGCCUGUGCGAGACCUCCUUGCUCAGAUCCCGGUCCACUCUCCCCGACGCGUGGUCGAUUUGGGAUGUGGCCCCGGAAACUCCACGAGCGUGCUAUUAGCACGAUGGCCCAAUGCCCAUAUCACCGGCAUGGACUCGUCGCCGGACAUGAUCAGAACGGCUCGUCAGACCCUGCCACAGCUGGACUUUGAGCUGGCCGAUUUGGCUACCUGGACUCCGUCAUAUCUGUCCUCGUCAUCCCCCGUGGAGGAGGAUGGGCAGGUUGACGUGUUCUUCUCCAAUGCCGUUUUCCAGUGGAUACCUCAUGAGCAAAGACUGCCACUUAUGACCCGGUUCAUCGAAAUGCAGGCAUCGGGUGGUAUUUUCGCCAUCCAGAUACCGGACAAUUUCCUCGAGCCAUCGCACGUGCUGAUGCGGGAAACGGCGGGUGAUGGAGGCCCAUGGACGUCGAUUCUGAAAGAUCGUCAGCCAGCUCGUGCACAAUUCCAGUCUGUGCAGGAAAUCUAUGAUCAUCUGAUUCCUCUCUGCCAGAGUGUGAAUAUCUGGCAUACGCAUUACUAUCACGUCCUGGACAGCCAUGAAGCGGUCGUUGAAUGGGUCAAGGGCACCGGGUUGAGGCCGUUCAUUGAUCCGUUAUCGGAAGAUGAUAGGGCAGGGUUUAUUGCGCGGUAUCUGGAAAGGCUGAAACGGGUAUAUCCGGUCUCUGUGGAUGGCAAAGUGAUACUGAGGUAUCCGAGAUUAUUCGUUGUUGCGACUAGAAAGUGA